AUGGCUAAUUCACUAGUAGCCAAUCGAACAUAUCAGUUCAUGGUGAAUAUGACUCACCGUGCAAAUCCCUAUUUGCAAGCUAGCGGUUAUCUUCUUGUGAAAGUAGAAAAUGCUCGUUCUCAAAAAGUCGCAGUUGGGUGUGUCAUCGCAACAAUGUGUUCACGCAAGGGUGAAUUCCAAUACAUUAAUCCAAAUACAGAGCUAGCUCUUUUCUCAUCUCUGGUGAACCAAACAGGAUUGCAAAACAAUAUUACAUGGAAUGUCUAUCUUGGAAUGAUGAAUUCAUCAUCGGACACACAAAACUGGAGUUUGUUCACAGAGAUGGAUGACUAUCGUGACAUUUGGUUCUUUGGUGCAAAUAGAAGUCAUUUUACAGCUACUAACGAAUUGUUCCUAACAUAUCGUAACAUAAAAUUUUGGCGUUUCGAAGUUGUGUAUAUGUCUAUGACGGAGAAAAGUUCGAGUGCGCUUCAUUUUGAAAUCAAUCAGCCACCUAAAUCUGGCAUCUGUUCAAUUACUCCUUCGAACGGUACAAUAACAACUAAAUUCACCGUAAUAUGCAAAAACUGGACAGAUCAAGAUGGUAUCAAAGACUACUCAUUCUACGCCUGGACAACACAUGUUGAACAACGUGUCAUACUUGGUUCCACAAUAAGUUCAGUAUUUGAACUUCUAUUGCCCGUCGGUUCUGGUAAUGCAUCAUUAGUGAAUGUGAUUGUUCAAAUUCGAGAUCAGCUCAAUUCCGUGACUGAAGCUAACAUAUCAGCUGUGUCCGUGGUGCUGACUAGAACUAAUAUUGAUUCAUUCAUUAAAGCCAUCAAAAUAUCUUCCACUGUGCCUAGUAAGCAUCCAUUGGUAGAAAUUCUCUCGAAAAACAAUUCGGUCUUAACUGGACAAGUAAUCACUACAGUCUCACAAGUGCUGAACGAAAUGAAUACUGAAAUUAUCAGAUUAGGCAUUCAGAACAUUGCAAGCAUUUUUGUUUCCCCAUUAGGAAGUCGAGAGAUACCUAUGGUGAGCUUUCUCUAUCGUUUGUACGUUCAUGAAGAAUCUGUUCAUUUGAAAAUAUUCAUCGCAUUCAUGGAAUACAUCUACCUUCAAUCAGUACAUACAACAAUUGAACGAUGA